AUGCCCUUGCUUAUGAACUCCCACCAGCAUCCUUACAACUACCUUUUCAAAUCAUGUUCAUCUCUGAAAACCUUAAAACAAAUCCACGGAAGAAUUCUAACAACUGGGUCAUCAAAGAAUCUAGUCUUAGUGACUAAACUAAUCACAUUAGCAUGUAAUUUAUCAGAAAACAUGUUUUACGCUCGUAACAUGUUCGAUGAAAUUCCUCUUGGAGAUAGGGAUGUUUUCAUUUGGAAUACUUUGAUUAGAGGUUAUAGUGAUAAAGGUCCUUGUAAAGAAGCUAUAGUUGUUUACAAGAAAAUGCAUGAGAAUGGGUUCUUACCAGAUCAUUAUACUUUUCCUUUUGUUAUACGGUCUUGUGGGGUUAUAUCGGGUUUGAGACAAGGGAAAGAAGUGCAUUGCAAUGUGAUUAAACACGGAUUCGAUAUGAAUGAUUUUGUUCAGAGUUCUUUGGUUGCAAUGUACUCUAGGAACGGAGAGAUGUCGAGUUCGGAGCUGGUUUUUGGUGAGAUUGUUGAGAAGGAUGUAGUUACUUGGACUUCUUUGAUUGCAGGGUAUGUACAGAAUGGGUUGUUUAUAGAAGGGUUGAAUGGUUUUCAGAGGAUGGUGGCUUCGAGGAUUCAGCCGAACAAGGUUACGCUUGUGAGUGUUCUCCCUGCUUGUGCUGUAUUGAACUUAUUGAAUUUGGGUGAGACGAUCCAUGGGACUGGAAUUAAGCUGGGUGUUGAUUUGGAUAUUUCAUUUAUUAAUGCGUUGAUCUCUAUGUAUGGUAAAUGUAGAGUUGAUGGCAACAAUGAGAAUGUUAACAGGGCCAGGAUUUUGUUUGAUGGGAUGGUUGUUCGAGACACGGUUUCAUGGAAUGCAAUGAUAGCUGCGUACGAACAGAACAAAUUGGGUUCUGAUGCUAUUCAGUUAUUUCGAAGAAUGCUAUCUCAGAAUGUGGAUUUCGAUUACAUUACUCUGGUUAGUGUGAUUUCAGCUUGUGCUCAGUCAGGAGAUUUUAACAAUGGAGAAUGGGUUCGUCAUCUCGUUACUCGUAAAAGACUUGAAAACAGUUUGUCAAUCACAAACGCUCUAAUUGAUAUGUAUGCUAAAUGCGGAAGUAUAGAUUUGGCUCAAGAGGUUUUUGACAGGUUACCGGAGAGAACAGUGGUUUCAUGGACGGCAAUGAUUUAUGCUUGUGCAGUUAAUGGACAUGGAAAUGAUGCUCUUGACAUGUUCUCAAGGAUGUUAGAAGAGAAGGUGAAACCAAAUAGUUUUACAUUCAUUGCUGUUUUAACGGCUUGUAAACAUUCCGGUUUGGUUGAAGAAGGAAAAAAAUAUUACAUGAGCAUGAAAAAGGAUUACUCCAUUGUUCCUAGUGUAGAGCAUUGUGCCUGUAUGGUAGACCUUCUAUCUCGAGCUGGUCUUUUAGCAGAAGCAUACGAAUUCAUCGAGAAAAUGCUAGUUGAACCUGAUGCAGGUGUCUGGGGAUCUCUGUUAAGUGCUUGUAGUAUCUACGAGAAUGUUGAGAUGGCUGAGCGCGUUGCAGAACGUUUAAAUAAAUUAGACCUGAAGAAUGAGACGUAUUAUGUGCUUAUGUCUAAGAUUUACGCGCAAGCUGGUACUCCGGAGAAAGCUGCCAGAUUCAGAACCUUAAUGAAGGAUAGAGCUUUGAAGAAGACUCCUGGCCUUAGUUCAGUAGAAUUUUAUCUAAGAUCUCAUACAUUCCCCUCAGAAUCACAUUCACAUCCUUCAUGAGAAAGCUAAACAAGUGGACUGCGCUAAGCUGGAGAAUUUUCUGUUGCUGUUGCUGCUAGUAGGGUAAGAACUCAAUAUCCUGUCAU